AUGGCUGUCUUACCGCCCAAAACAGUCGCUGCUUCCAAAAGCGGGUCGGGCGCCCGGUUUAGACAGCGGAAAAUAUCCGUCAAGGUUCCUCUACCCAUAUAUAACCAGAAGGACCUUGUUGCAAAUGAUGCCGAGCUAGAACCAUCUCAUCUUCAUCAUCUAAACACGAAUUCUUCUCAACAGCCUCGUGACAUCCAUAGUAUAGAAACAGGUGUUGAUAAGAACGAAGAAGAUGAAGUCCAUCUCCAACAAGUCAUCAAUGCUGCUCAGAGAGUUUUAAUGGGGUCUAUUAAGGACGAAAAGGACAAGAAAGACAGUUCAGUUUACAUUCCAACCCCUGACGCGUCUAAACUCUGGAAAGAGGCGUCAAAGUAUUACAACGAUAACACAUUUGUCGAACCUGAGUCAUAUAUCAAGUUUAGUGCUACGGUAGAGGACACACUCGGAGUCGAAUACAAUUUAGAUGAGGAAGAUGAGCAAUUCUUUAACGAUGUUCUCGUGAAAGAGUAUCCUAAGUCCCAAAAGAAGACUGAUAAAAAGAAAGACUCAAAUGCUGAUGAUAUGAGACCUUGCACUGAGCUCGAGUUAGAAACGGUGAUGGACAGGCUCGAAAAAACGAUUGAGGAGAAACAGCCAUUUUUAUCCAUGGACCCUUCCAAUAUAUUAUCGUACUCCGAACUAUCUGCAUACAUAUUGGAGGAAUUUAAUUCGAAGGCCAGCAAUGAAAAUGCAUACCAGCAACCUGGCUCAAAUCUAAACUAUAUGUCCACUUCCACUUUAAAAGAGAAUCUUUCCAAGGAGCUUGGCUACGAGCCAUUCAUCACUCUUUUUGAUAAGAAUCCUCGAGACACCUCCAACAAACUGACAUCUCGUUCUCUUCCUUUAUUGAUGCAACUCUUUGGUGAGCCAAUCUAUGAGCAUUGGAAGAAGAGAAAAUUAGAGCGCAAGGGAAAACAAGUCACUCCGCAAUUGAAAUUCGAGGACCCGAAUGCCAAUGAAAAGGAUAACGAUAACGACCCAUACAUUUGCUUCCGCCGUCGUGAGUUUCGUCAGGCACGUAAAACUAGACGGGCUGAUAAUUUGGGUGCUGAAAGAAUCAGACUCCUACAAAAGUCGUUACGAAAAGCACGGACUCUUGUUUUGGAUGUCUGCAAGCGCGAGUUAUUAAAACUCGAAUUAUGGAAUUCUGAGUAUGAUGUUUUCAAAACUCGUUGCGAAGCUAAGACUUUGAAGAGAGCAGCUGGAGCUCGUGGCGACGAUUACUUGUUUUACCCUCACAAGAAACGUAAAAUUCCCAAGAUCGAAACAGAAGAGGAGGAUUCAGAGACUCCCGUCACCAAGGUCAGGAAGGAGAGAAAGAAGGCAGCAGAUAUGGAGCCUUCCACAUCAUUGUCUUCGAAGGACAAACAAGCAAAUGGUCAAGCACAGCCCGAGGCUUCUACUAAUCAGCCAUAUGUCAAGUUGACUCCAUCCAAAAUUCCAGAUUUGGACUUGAUUACAGUAAAUUUGGUGUUGAAAGAGAAAAACGAAACCAUCAAGCGUGCUGUGCUCGAGAAGUUGCGAAAAAGAAAAGAGUACGACAGAGGGUUUGUCAACAUCACAUAUGAUCCUUAUCAGCCAUUCUUUAACCUCACGACAAAUGAUUUGAAUUCUCAUCUAGAAUUGAGCCACAUUCCAUACUCAUCUAUUGCUGCAAGCAACUUCCAUCAGGUCAACACCACGAAUGUCAUAGGAGAUUCUUUGAAGAGGCUGCUUGAGGAAGCGAAAAAGCCAUUGCCCAAUAUGAAGACUUUUCGUGGAAGCAAUGGCGAACUCGUGCCCUCAAAACCUUUCCCGCAUUUGCAAACUUUACUCAACGACCAUAUCAAUUCUAAGACCAAUUCUCAGGGAUACAUUGCGCAUUUACUCACAAGCAUUCAAAACAAUGAUUUCAGCUCAUACUCUAAUGGAUUCUCGAAGAAGAUUACCGAUAAGGAUGAAGAAGACACGAAGUAUUCAGCACCAAUUUUUAGAAUGAGAAGACGGCAAGGGAGAGCGAAUUUACAAUUUAUAGACAGAAGGGGCCUCAUGAGAAGACCAGAUAAUGCCAUUGAUUCAUGGUUGAAUGAGCCUGAUAGUGAUGCAGAUGAGAAAGAGAUGGAUAUUGAUGGUGAAAUUUCAUCUACGACACAGAAGUCGAAGUCCUCUGUCGUCAAUGCAUACGAUAGCAAGGCUGAUGCAAUCAAGCGUUUAGACUCAAGGUGGCAGUUUGACAAUGACUAUACUGAGAGCGACAAGGGGAUCCGCAACCCAUUUAGCUUGGACCCAUCGAGACUCAAUUGUAUCAGCGAUGAAACUCAGUCCAUUCGGUUCGGUUCCAUGCUCCUUUCAAAAUCGUAUGAUUUGUUGAGAGAAAGUGCUCAUCAACGGCAGAUAAUGAUACAACAAGCGCGGAUGAGGGCCUUGCAACAACAUCAGCUCAAUAAUAGGAAUCAGCUGCAAAGUCAGCGCCAGGCGUCUCCCGACAGUCAGGGCCAAGACACAAGCUCAAAUAAAAGUACCACUCCGGGUGUUAACAACGCUUACAAAAAGAAUGGUCUUGGUACAACUGUGGGUGGAGCUGUUGCGAAAACUCCACAGCAGCUCCAGGCACUUCAACAGCUUCGUAAACAGCAAAGCCAACAGCAGCUUGAUCAAGCUUACCUUGCACAAAAGCGAAACCCUGGAGGUGGUAUGUCCCUAGGUCCGUACAAUGGGGCCGCCUCACCAAACACACUGUACAAUAACAACGCCAAGUAUCCUACAGCAGCAAUGCAAGGGGGUCGCCGGUGA